AGAAAUCUCAUACAAAAUCUCACUCAUCCGGUAUCAACACAGCUCCAAGCAUAUGAUUAUAUGAUAAUAAUCAUUCUUUUUAUUCUCUGGCAAAAAAAAAAAUCAUUCUUUUUACAUUCACAUAAACAGAUAAUAAAACAAUUGAUACGAUUAUAACUAAUCAAUGCCUUGCAGCUUCGUUUACCUUUGUGUGUUUAAUGCUGUAAAACCUACAUUAAAUUUUUGUAAAAUAGUCUACAGGAAGUUUUUUUAAAUUUUUUUCAUUCAAGAGAUGAGAGAAGGAACAAAUCGCCGGCGAUGGAGCUUGCCGGCCGGCAAACCGGCGCAUUUUUUCAAGAUAAUACUUCCCACUACGAUUCUUGACAAAAGAUUGAGAGUUCCUAAGACGUUUGUGAAUCACCAUGGGGAAGAUUUCUCCCCAGUUAUUACCUUACGUGAUCCUAAUGCUCGAGAAUGGAAAAUUGGUUUGGAGAAGAGUGAAGAAGAUGGUGAUGUUUGGUUCUCAGAAGGUUGGGACAAGUUUUUGGAAUACUACUCCAUCACCAAUGAACACUUUCUGGUUUUCAGAUACGAAGGAGAUUCAAGAUUUCAUGUUCUAAUAUUUGACAUGAGUGGAUCAGAAAUUCAAUACCCUUCCCAAAUUCCAAGUCCUGAGAGAAACCAGGUUGCCUCCUCAGAAUCAUCAAAGAGCAACGACCAUGAUCAUCACUGGAGUCAAAAUCAUAAUGAUAAUGAUAAUAAUGAUAAUUGUAAUGGUAAUGGUGGUGGUGGUGGUGGUGAUUAUGAUGGUGGUAUUGGCCAUCACUUUACUGAAGAAUAUUUUCCUGAUGACGAGGAUGAUUCUACUCAUGCAUAUGAAGAACAUAAUCUCUACUAUAGCACUUCUUCAUCCGAAUCCACUUCUCCUUCUCCAUCUAAAUCCAAUUCUCCAACAAAAAGACGAGGCUUCACUAAAUUCGUAGACCAAGCAUCCAAAAGAGAAAGAAGAAAACGCUAUUCUUCUCCUUCUUCAAGAUCUGCAUUUCAAAGAAAAAGGAGGAGGCGUGAACGUAGUGCCAGUGAAAAUGAUGAACAAAGUGAUGGAGGCUCAAAUCGUAGAAGGAGGAGGAGGAGAUCGGAAGAAGGAAGACGCAGAGGAAGAGAAAAGAAAGAGGACCACGUAGAAAGGGUUCUCAAACAAACAGUGAAAUCAAAAUCAUACAAGAAGAGGCACAUAUCAGAUAGAUUAAGAGCCAAAGUUCUUCAAGCAGCUGACAAGUACAGGUCUGACUUUCCUUCUUUCAGGGCUGUCUUGAGACCUCACAACUUAUACAACAGUUUUGUGUAUGUACCGGCACGUUUUGCAGUGAAGUAUCUAGGAGGAGGGUCAGAGAAGAUAAAACUGGAGAACGUGAAGGGGAAGCAGUGGGAAGCUCGAUGCUUUAACAGGAAUGGGUCAGGGAAUGGAAUGAACAUAGGAGAAGGGUGGGCUAAGUUUAAGAUGGACAAUGAGGUCAAGGAAGGAGAUGUGUGUGUGUUUGAGCUGAUCAAGAGGAAGGACAUUGUGUUAAGAGUUCGGAUAUUUCGUGUCAGACAAUAUGCAGAUCGGUGAAUCAACCCUGUACAUGCACGCCCCUUUUAUUUGUUUGUUAUUUGGUUGCCCAUGGAAUGGUGCUGUUGUUGUAGAUUUUUGGAUCAAAUUAAAAUGUAAUCUUUUAUAAGGUCAUGUCAUGUGUCUCAAUUUAUUCUUUGAGAAAUAGUUUUUGUCAUUUUCCUUUUUGUAAAACAAAAACUACAAUAAGACUAGCAAUGUUAUAUGGUCUUAUUGAUUUGCUACAAGAUAAACAAUGUUAUUAUGAA